AUGCUGAAACAUUCCAUGAUCCUGCUGUGCAUCCUUUUGGUUGCCAUCUGUUGUUUCGCGGCGGAGCUGCCGGGAAAUGCAUACUUGCCACCAUUGCGGCAUUAUCAGCAGGUGCCCGAGAAUUUCCCGCCAGCGGAAAACGGAUUUCUCGACCAGGAUUCUGACCACGAUUCUGAUUCGUUUGGAAGGUACGCACCCAUCUUUGUGGACUAUCCGGGAAUUCACGCGUUGCCAAGACAGCAGCAGGAAUACGCAUUGGAUCUGCCGUUCGAGGAAAAACACCAUUAUCGCAAAGCAUCAGGACUUGGAAAUGAAUAG